AAAAUUCCAGGGUCAGGAUACAUCGAUAAUCGGUUCUCUGAUUACAGUAGUAAAUCCAAUCAAAGAUUCGAGGAAGAAAAAAUAAAAACCUCAACACUUCCUCCCAUGAAGUCCUCAGAGCCACCACAAAGCGAAGAAGAUUCCAAAGAAAUCUCAGAUGUCUGUUUUGUUGAUGGGAGGUAUUAUAACAGUGGAGAAAUAAUUGUCAAAAGCAAUCCCUGUGAAAUGUGUAGAUGCUUCUAUGGUCACCCACUUUGCCAAGUACAACAAUGUCCAGCACCUCCAGGACCAUCAUGCGUCCUCGAGUAUCUUCCAGGCUACUGUUGUCCUAGAGUUACUUGUGGGAUACAAACGGAUCCAGAAGAACCUCCAAUAACAGCUAGUCCUCCAGAACCAACUAGCCAAGAAAUAAAACCAACCAUUGACGAAUCAGAUGACAAAUGGAAACCAUUGCCACAUGGUCCUGUUGUGAGACCCUACGAUGGAACCCUGAAGACGGAACUCUCGUUCAAUGGAAAUAAAUAUGUUCACCAGAACUCAGAUUCACAUGUAGAAAUCAUCACAAGGCCUCAAAUAUAUGAAAACUUUUACACUGAUAAUAAAAUCAAAGUCACAGAUGCUCCAACACCGGAAACGACAACAUCAAGCACGACGACGCCAAUAAGCACGACGACUCCAAUAAGCACGACGACACCAAUGAGCACGACGACGCCAAUAAGCUCGACGACGCCAAUAAGCUCGACGACGCCAAUAAGCACAACGACCAUUGCUCAAACAACAACCGAAUUAGAUACUACAACCUUUCCUCCAGAAACAACAACAAUUUUUGAAACAACUACAAUAAUAACAACAACAUCACAGCCAACAACAGUUACAGAAGAAACCACACCUCCAACAACAACGCCCAUUCCAACAACCACCGAAAGUCCGACAACGGCUAUUACAACAGCAGAAAUCGUAGUAGAGGAUGAAAAUAAAAUUUUCAAUUCUGUUUCAACUGAUGAUAGCGACGAGCUGCCUCGAAAUAAGUCCUCCGAAAUCCACGACAAUUCUAGUGGCGUUCGUAAAGUUCUGGAUAACUUGAUCACAUUGCCACCUUUUAAAGUCGAACUAUCUCCAAUAAAAGAUACUGAUAUAAGCACCGUUUUGCCUGUGAUACCAGCUCAUCCGACAACCAUCAGUCCAACUGAGUCAUCAAUUGGUGAUUUAGUGACACUAGAUGGUAUGGAUAUUGGUAGUCUACCCACUGAACUAAGUGGAAAUCUAAAGGUUUCAGGAUGCAAUGUUUAUGGAAAAUACUACAAAAUCAACGACAAAGUUGCAGCUCUUAACGAACCCUGCUCAGAAUGUAUUUGUUCGGCUGAUGGAAUCUCCUGCAACGCCAUCUGUUGACAAGUGGGAUAGGAUCUUAAAUGCUGGCUGCUUCGAUUCAACAAGUUAACAUCAAAUUUCAUCAAAACGUGGAUGUUUUAUUACACGCACUUAAAAAUGACUCGAUACAGAAAAUGAUUCUAAAAAUAACAUUAAGGGAAUAAUAUUUCAUACUGAACUAUUAAACAAUGGGACAAAUAUUGGUUUUAAAUUCAUGUUGGUGUCCCACCGGAAGUCAUUGAACACUUCUCAUCUGUGUAUUUGUUACUGUAAAUGCCCGAAGUCUAGUAAAUCCUAUGUUUUAUGAACAAACCUAGGAUUUAUCAAAGUGGCUUGGUAACUACUAGGCUUUAACGCAAAGGCUAGAUAAAAGACAGGAAUUAAAUAAUAUUAUAGCUGACUUCCGACUUUUACCAAGCAGCUUUGGUAAAAGCUAGGUUUUACUGGCAAAACUCAUUAUUUACUGGACUCCUCUCGUAAAUCCUAUGUUUUGCGAGUAAAAUCGAAGAUUUAACGAAGAGGAUUGGUAAAUACUAGACUUGGUAAAAUGUCGAAAUGAAAUCAUAAAAUAGCUUACUUCUGACUCUUACCAAGCCACUUUGGUAAAGGCUAAUUUUUACCACUAAAACCUAGGAUUUACCAGACUUCUGGUUUUUACUGUAACACAUCCUCUACCGGUGGUUUUAGCUAUCGUUUUUCAUCACCCAUACAAAUGAACUAAUUGUAAAUAAUAUUAUGUCAUCCAUCGUAACUCGUGUAUUUAUUUUUAUUAUUUAAAAUAAAUUCUGUUUUGACAUUGA